AUGCGUGGGAGCACCGAGGUGGGCCCGACACAGACUUGGGAAGUCAGGGAGGGCUUCCUGAAGGAGCUGUCAGGCCCUGGAGUGACUGGAGCAUGGGCUAAUUCUUCUGUUCAUGAUUGUCUGGACAGCAGCCAUGAACGGCUCCAGCUGAAGUGCACAGUUGUGCUUUCUGGAGCUGUGGGCUUCUGCAGUGGAGAAAGCCUCAGCAUGGGCACUGCUGUGCUCACCAGGCCCGGGGAGGACAAGCCUGCUACAAGUCCUGUGAGGGAAGAUGCCAGAAAACACUCUGUGUCGUUUGGAAUAAGCCUCCGGAGCUGGCCUGGCCCACGCUCGCAGCUGUGGCCCAGCAGUGGGCGAGGGGCUGCAGUCUCCAGCGUCUCUCAGGGGCAGGCUGCCACUCCCUCCCUGCAGGCCCGGGAGCAGCCACCAGGCCCACUCUUGCCCCAGCACGUUGUGGCCUCAGAGGCCACAGGUGGUGGGCUGUGGGGUUUUUUUGUCCCCUAUGUUUGGUUUCUCUGCUGCAUGCUCACAAAUGGCCGAUUUGACAACUUGGUGGAUAAACCCAUCCUCCCAUCAAGAGACCUUGGACCCGCGGUGGGCUGGGGCUGCUCUACCUUCCGGAUGCCUGAGGACCAAGAGCCGACAUCAGGGGGUGUUCACAGAAACGGCACCGACGGAGCUAGGCCAGGCUGCAGGCGAGCCUGGCUGGAGGGGCCGUGGAGGGGAGGAGGGAAGCUGGCCCCCGAUGUCUGUGCCCCUAGCCUGCCCACAGAGGAGCAUUGCGCCUGCGACUGUGGUUUUGAGCCUUCCUACAGCCCUGGAAGAUCCAAAGUGGGUCCCAUUCCGCCUGGCACGGGUGCGGAGCCACCGCUCUUGGAGCUGAGUUCCCACGUCACGCAGGCGGCUGACCUCAGAGGGCCGAGCUCUGCGGAUCUGGCAGCCAUCCUCCUCCCCAGGGCCUGCAUGCCAGGCUGGCUUCCGGGCACUGUGCCCAAGUCAUUGCCCCACAACCAGCUUGGUUGGCUGCAGGACGACAGCUUGGAGUCAUAUCUGGGGCUCACUCUCUGCUCUCUGCUGGGGGGCAAGGCUGCAUCAGGAGGGCCCCUCACCACCUACGAUGCCCCCUGCAUGGAACCUCCUUCCAGGGGGAGACUGCAGACCACGGUGACAGGCUCAGAGCAGCCUUGGGUAUCCCGCAGCCACCUUAAUGGGGAGCGGGGCUCCUUGUCACUGCCAGGUUCAUGCUGGGUGCCAGGAGAGGCAGAGCUGGUGAGUGUGGGCUCUGGAGCCUGCAGUCCUCCACCCGGGAGUGUGGUGACCAUGACCCAGUGCCAGCAUCCCGAGGUUAAUGGACUAAAGCAGUGGGAGGGACAGUGUCUCUACAACCUGGGCACCGUGGAACUCAGCCUUUCCUUUGUCACUCUCCCUAAGGACAAGCUGCUGGUCUCUGGGGUGGCUGGGAGACACCUGUACUAUUGGCACAGCCACAGCACACAGCUGAGUGACAUUCACCAGGUGGAGGGGGAAGGACACUCUUGGCAGCGGGAACAGCAUGGCGAGGUGUUCAGCUCUUCUCCUUUCUGUCUCACAGGUUUACAAGUCCAGAAUACCAACUGGCAGGUAAGCUCCAACCGGCGGGCACAUCACACGGACCAGUUCUCCAGCCGGGAGCUCAUCGUGCGGAGAGGCCAGACCUUCGAGAUCGUACUGACCAUGAGCGGAAGUCUGAGCUCUAGAGACAGACUGGAGUUCACGGUCUCCACAGGGCCGCAACCCUCACAGCCGGCCAUGACGAAGGCCGUGUUUCCACUGUCCAACGGGAGCAGUGGCGGCUGGAGCGCAGUGCUCAAGGACAGCAGCAGCAAUAACCUGACCAUCGCCAUCUCCAGUCCUGCCAGCGCACCCAUCGGACGCUACGCAAUGAGCGUCCAGAUCUCCUCCCAGGCCGGCAUCGCCUCUGUGAAACUGGGGGACUUCAUUCUGCUCUUUAAUCCCUGGGUGAACGUGGAUAGUGUUUUUCUGAGUAACCACACUGAGAGACAAGAAUACGUCCAGGAAGACUCCGGCAUCAUCUAUGUGGGAAGCACAAAUCGAAUUAACAUGAUUGGCUGGAACUUUGGACAGUAUGAAGAAGACAUUCUGAGCAUUUGCCUCUCAAUCUUGGAUAAGAGUCUGAAUUUCCGCCGUGACCCUGCUACUGAUGUGGCCCGCAGAAAUGACCCCAAAUAUGUUGGCCGGGUGCUGAGUGCCAUGGUCAAUAGCAACGAUGACAAUGGUGUGCUUGCUGGGAAUUGGAGCGGCAAUUACACGGGUGGCAGGGACCCGAGGAACUGGAACGGCAGCGUGGAGAUCCUCAAGGAGUGGAAAAAAUCUGGCUUCAGGCCUGUCCGAUACGGCCAGUGCUGGGUCUUUGCUGGGACCCUCAACACAGUGCUGCGGUCUUUGGGGAUUCCCUCCCGGGUGAUCACCAACUUCAGCUCAGCCCAUGACACAGACCGAAACCUCAGCGUGGAUGUGUACUACGACCCCAUGGGAAACCCCCUGGACAAAGGCAGUGACAGCGUAUGGAAUUUCCACGUCUGGAAUGAAGCCUGGUUUACGAGGCCUGACCUGGGCCCCUCAUUCAAUGGAUGGCAGGUGUUAGACGCGACCCCCCAGGAGAGGAGCCAAGGGGUGUUCCAGUGUGGCCCUGCUUCAGUCCACGCUGUGCGAGAGGGUGACGUGAAACUGGAAUUCGACACACCCUUCGUCUUCGCGGAGGUUAAUGCUGACCGCACCAACUGGAUCCAAAAUAGCGCCAACGGCACACCGAAGAAGAAUUCUGUGGACACUCGCUCGGUCGGCAGGUACAUCAGCACCAAGGCCGUGGGCAGCUACUCCCGCAUGGACGUCACGGAGAAGUACAAGUACCCAGAAGGUUCCAACCAGGAAAGACAAGUGUUCGAAAAGGCUCUGGGGCAACUUAAACCCAAUGCAUCAUUUGGCCCGACAUCUGCAGGGGGAUUGGAAGCAGAGGACCAGGAGCCCAGCAUCUCUGGGAAGUUCAAGGUCGCUGGCAUUCUGGCAGUGGGCAAAGAAGUCAGCCUAGUCCUGCUGCUCAAAAACCUGACCAGCGAAGAGAAGACGGUGACAGUGAACAUGACAGCCUGGACCAUAGUCUACAACGGCACGCUUGUGCACGAGGUGUGGAAGGACUCGGUCACAGUGUCCCUGGGCCCCGAAGAAGAAGCGCAGCAUCCUGUGAGGAUCUCCUACGCUCAGUACGAGAACUACCUGAAGGCGGACAACAUGAUCCGGAUCACAGCCGUGUGCAAGGUCCCUGGCGAGGCAGAGGUGGUGGUGGAGCGGGACGUCAUCCUGGACAACCCCACCCUCACCCUGGAGGUGCUGGACGAGGCUCACGUGCGGAAGCCCACGAACGUGCAGAUGCUGUUCUCCAACCCCCUGGACGAGCCCGUGAAGAACUGCGUGCUGAUGGUGGAGGGCAGCGGCCUACUGCGGGGCAACCUCAAGAUCGACGUGCCGACCCUGCGCCCCAAGGAGCGGUCCCGGGUCCGUUUUGAGAUCCUGCCCACUCGGAGUGGCACCAAGCAGCUGCUCGCCGACUUCUCCUGCAACAAGUUCCCUGCAAUCAAGGCCAUGCUGUCCAUCGACGUGGCCGAGUGA